AUGAGGGACAUCUCCGAUGCAAUGGGCAUCGCCCAACAGAGUCUCACAGAACCUUCCAUUGACGACGGCGACAUCUUCUCCCCACACAUGUACCGGUGGUUCCUGGCUCCGCUAAAAGGAAUCCUGGAUGAAAAGGACAAUGUGGAAAUGGACCAGUCCGUCGUAUCGGACGGAGUUACGUCGGAAGAGUUCUCGGUCAACAUGAACGUGAGGAACUUCUCUCCGGAUGAGAUUUCUGUGAAGACUGUGGACAACUGCAUCGAGAUCCAUGCAAAGCACGAAGAGAAGUCGGAUGAUCGUGGCUACUUCCAUCGAGAGUUCACCAGACGUAUCGUCCUGCCAGAGGAUGUGGACCCAGAAUCGAUCACCUGCACGAUGUCUGCUAAGGGUUCCUUACAGCUUCGAGCUCCACGGAACAAAUCCAUCGAGUGCAAAGAAAGGACUGUACCUAUUUCUGUUGAACAUGUGAAGCGAGCCGUUGAAAAUGAUCCCAAACCGAUAUCAUAA